AUGCCAUUAAUUGGUGUAGAAGAGGAAUGUAGAAUGUUAGAAAGUGGUGGAGCACAGCGACUCUUAAGCUGGCGCUUGUAUGAGUUCUGGCGCUUAGCAUCGGUCGGUGGAUAUGAUGAAGACUUAGACUUAGAGUCCAAUGAUGUGCGGGAAGAAGAAGAUGAUCAUUCUACAAAAGGCAAAGAAUAUGUGCGCAAGUGCUGGAGAUAUGUCAGAAUACAUGAGAAUAAGAUAGGAAUACACACCGAUGAACCGAACGGACAUGGAAUAGAUGAAUGGAGGACGAGCAAUGGAACUGAGGAUACAUGCGCUGAUGCGCAACGGAAGCGGCCGACGAGGUGCCAAGUAUGCCGAAAUGAGAGAUGUCAGUCUCUACAUCGGGAAAUGGAGAUGUCUGGUCCACAAGUGAUUGCUUACCUGAUGAACUGGGGAGAUGUCAUUUGCUUGUGCCAUUAUGUGCCAUUAUACUGGUUCGCACUCAAAUUACAUUUGCUGGAGGCAUUUUCUGAGUUAAACACGAACAAAAAUCAUAAGAAUAACAUGAAUUCAGAGACCUUGUUUGAAACAGAUGAACAAGUGUCUCUUGACGAAGAUUCACGAGGUGUAGGAGAUCUUUCUCAAUUCGAAAAAGACCCAGCUAGGCGAUACCAUCUGUGGAACGUGGAGGCAUCGUCAAUGAAGAUUCUGUUUGUUCAUUAUUACCAAAAUGAGGUCGACGCAAAAGUCAACAUAGCAAUUACCUGCCAGAGCAUCCAAAGUCUAACUCACCGUCGUGUUGUUCGUUCAGAAGGUCACAAUACAUUGCCAGACAUUGUUGGUCCAUUCUUUCCUCAAAAUGAUCCAAAACAUCGAGAAUUGUAUUGCACAUCAAUACUCACUUUAUUGCCACCAUGGCAUUCUAUUAAAGAUCUCAGAAACAAUUUUGAAUCAUGGGAUGAUAUGUUCACUGAUUUCCUCAUACACACCUCCUCACAAAACAAAGAUGUCAUUGCUGGUAUCCAGUAUUAUUACAACUGCAAGACCACAGCAGAUGAUUCUCAUAUUUGUGAAGAUGAAGAAACAGGGUCCAUUAAACAGAAUGAAGCAUGUUACAAGAAAACAGUGACUAUGAUGGAUGAAGAGGAAAAUGAAGAUGAAGAUAUUUCAGUGGAGUUGACAAUUGAGGACUUACAUGCUUAUAAAGAAUCACAAAAAAAUCAUCAUGAGGAGGCACACGCACUUCUUGCAGUUGCUGUUGGACAUUUGAAGGGAUUUUUUGCCAAGGAAACAGCGUCGUGGAGCAUUGGAGAGUCAAAAGUUGGUAUAGCAAGUGGUGAUGCUUACCGUCAGCUUGGGCAAUGGCAAAUGGCAAUAGCCAAUGAAGCAAACAAGCUUGAGGAAUAA